GAAUAAAUGGCGGCUUCCUUUCAGCACCCUGAGGCUGAACGGGAACGCAUCCGAGAUCUGUCCAGGUACUAUUGCACCGUCGAUCGCCCCGCCAUCCGAUUGGAAGCGGCCACGGACGCCCUCCACGCCGCAGACGCACAGGCAGAUGAUGCACAGGCCGACGGAGAUGCAGAGACAACCACUCCUCCCCCCGGCGUCGACGUGCGCCUGUCCUCCGACAUCACCCUCACGGCCCUGGCCCAGCUGGCCGUCUUCCGCUUCGGCUGCAAUCGCGCCUUCAUCUCCCUCAUCGACGGCGCCCGCCAGUACAUCAUCGCCGAGGCCACCAAGUCCGUCUCCCUGCGCGACAAGGACCGCCAUGCCCCCGACGACGGCAUCUACCUGGGCGUCUGCACUCUCGACCUCGUCUGGGGCGUCUGCCCCCACUCCAUCUCCCUGUUCACCGGCCAGGACCCCUCCAAGGUCGUCGACUCCCCCAACGUCACCGCCAAUGCCUCCCGCUUCAUCGUCCGCGACUUCACCACCGAGGACUUCUUCAAGGACCGCCCCUACGUGACCGGCUGGCCCCAUUUCCGCUUCUACGCCGAGGUGCCCCUCUACAGCCCCGCCGGCCAUGUCCUGGGCUCCUUCUGCGUCAUCGACGACCGGCCCCGCGCCCGCUUCGGGGAUGACGACGUCGCCGCCCUGCGCGAGGUCGCCGAUGCCGUCGCCCAGCAUCUCGAGCACGUCCGCAUCGCGCACUCGCACCGCCGCGCCGAGAGCCUGGUCAAGGGCCUGACCAGCUUCGUCAAGGACCACACGGCCUUCGACCCCCUCGAGGUGUCCGCCCCCGUGCCCACCAGCGCCGCCACCCAGCCCGUGCUCGACACCCUGGUCCGCCGCGACGAGCCGGGCCCCCGCGACGCCCUCCUGCCCCUGGCCAUGCCCCUGGUGCCCUCGCCCUCCGCCGCCUCCGAGCUGACCGGCGACCUGACCUCGCUGUUCUCCGCCGUCACCUGCUCCGAGCGCACCGUCACCUCCACCUCCGUCAACGCCCCGGCCUCCGCCUCGCCCCGUGUCGUCGUCUCCGAUCACACCGAGUUCCCCGCCAUUGCCGUCAUGGAGAGCGAGGCGCGCGCCGAGACCCUCGCCCGCAUCUUCACCCGCGCCAGUGACACCCUGCGCGACUCCCUGGACCUGGAGGGCGUCCUCUUCCUGGACGCCUCCCGCUGUAAUGCCGGCGUUGUGCGGCCCGGACAAGCCGGAUCGUGGGAACCGCUGCCCACCACCGCCAAUCCCGAGUUCCUCGCCGAUCCCUACCCCAGUCCCAUCGACCUCCCCGGCGUGGGCUCCCUGUCCAACGUCUCCGAGAAGCCCUGCGAGGUGCUGGGGCAGCCCCCCCAGCCCGGCCCCGGGCCGCCCGUCACCGAGGCCCUCCUGGACCGGAUGAUCGCCGCCUUCCCGCAGGGGCAGUUCCUCAACCUGCAGGAUUGGGUCGACGACGAUCAGGACGACGAGGACGACGAGAACCGAUCGCAGGCCAGCACCGCGGUGCCCCCCGAGGUGGAGGUCGAGACGGGCAAUUCCGUCCUGCGCGACAUCUGCUCCCAACUCCGCCAGCACCUCCCGGGCGCCGAAGGCGUGCUCUUUUACCCCCUGUGGGAUUGGAAUCGCUCGCGCUGGCUGGCCGGCACGCUGGUCUGGACGCACGCCCGGGAUCGCGCCCUCGAGAUGGAGGAACUCCACUACUUCAAGGUGUUCGGGGACUCCAUCAUCUCCGAGGUCGCCCGCAUCGAGUGGGCCAGCACCCAGAAGUCCAAGUCCGACUUCAUCUCCUCCGUCAGCCACGAGCUGCGGUCCCCGCUGCACGGCAUCCUGGCCAGUGCCGAGUUGCUGCAGACCACCCCGCUGCAGUCGAGCCAGGCCCACUGGAUGAACAUGGUCAAGAGCUGUGGUCUGACCCUGCUGGACACCCUGAACCAUCUCCUGGACUUCGCCAAGAUCAACAACCUGACCACCACCGAGGACACCAGCCCCGACCCCGCCAAACCCAGCGUCACCAACCUGCUGACCGUCUUCGACCUGGACGAUCUCAUCGAGGAGGUCACCGACGUGCAGUAUACCGGCCAGCGCCUGGCUCGCGUCGUCGCGCCGCUGGCCGGGCGUCCCGCCCAGCCGUCCCCCGCGGCGCCCGCCGACGAGGCGCUGACCGUCGUCGUGCGCGUCCAGGAGCGGCACGCCUGGAAGGUGCAGUCCGUGGCGGGCGCCUGGCGGCGCAUCGUCAUGAACCUGCUGGGCAACUCCCUCAAGUGGACCAAGACCGGCUUCAUCGAGGUCUCGCUGUCCAAGGCCCGCCGCGAGUCCAACCCGCACUCCGUCCUGGCCCACCUGUCCGUCACCGACACGGGCUCCGGCAUCGCCCCGGACUUCCUCAAGCACCGCCUCUUCUCCCCCUUCACCCAGGAGGAUGGCCUGUCGGAGGGCCUCGGGCUGGGGUUCAGCAUCGUGCGCCAGCUGGUCUCCUCGCUGGACGGCCACAUCGACGUGCGCAGUGAGGUGGGCGUGGGCACCCAGGUCGACAUCUACAUCCCCGUCCACGCGCCCCCCGAUCUCCCACGCCACCCGUCCCGUCGGUCGACGGAAGAGAUUCCCGCCCCCUCGCCCCCGCUGGCCGCCUGCCUCAUCGGCUUCGACGGGUAUCCGACCCCCCGGGAGACCCCCACGGGCAUCCUGCCGGCCGAGGCGAAGCGCAAACUGGCCAUCCGCAGCUCGCUGACCUCGGUGCUGGCGCAGCAGCCCGGCUGGACCUUGGCCCUGGCGGAGACGCUGGACAAGGCCCAGGGACAGGUGGCCGUCAUCGAGGAGGACGACCUGGGCACCCUCCGCGGACAAUUGCCCGCCGUCGCGGGCGGAUUCCAGUUCUUCCUGGUGCUGGAUCGCAACCGCGCGUCCCACGCGCAUGAACCGACGCCCCCCAACGUCGUCCGGGUGUCGCAGCCAUUCGGUCCCCAGAAGUUCCAAGAGGCCCUCGAACGCCCCUCGCAGCCCUCGCAGCCCACCUCUCCGACCUACUUCACUGCGACCCCCUUGGCUUCGCCCACCAGCCAGACCUCGUCCAUGGCGGGCCUGGCCUCGCCCACGGACCUGGCCUCUCCGCUGCCCGCGUGCUACCCGCCGUGCAAAGCCCCCAAGGACAUCCACGUGCUCCUCGUGGACGACAAUGACAUCAACCUGAAGAUCCUCGCCACCUUUGUUCGCAAGAUCGGGUGCAGCUACGACACCGCGUCCAACGGCUUGAUCGCCCUCAACGCCUAUCAGGCCGCCACCCGGCGGCACGAUAUCAUUCUUAUGGACAUCUCGAUGCCCGUCAUGGACGGCAUCACCGCGACCGACCAGAUCCGGCGGUACGAGAAGAAGAACGGGCUCAUCCCCUCGCGCAUCAUCGCCGUGACCGGCUUGGGGUCCGCGGAGCGGCAGCAACAGGCGCUGGCGGCCGGGGUGGAUGAGUACCUGGUCAAGCCCGUGUCGCUGCACGGGCUCAAAAAAGUGAUGCGAAUCUCAUGA